AUGUCCGAGCCAAUCCCCGAAUCCAUCCCUACCUCUGCAGACCCCCGCUCCCACCGGCCUACCAAAAAGCGCGCGCUUCCUCGCACAGCCCUCUCCUCGCAAGUCGAAGCCCUCUUCGCCAAGCCCGACCGCAACAUCCAACUCCCCAACUCCUCACUCUCCAAAUCCGUCGCGCUGCCCCCAGAAAUCGUCGCCAACGUCCAAGGCUCCAGUGCUGGUGCCGGCAGCGGCGAGUUCCAUGUGUAUAAGGCGAGUCGGCGGCGCGAGUAUGAGAGGCUGCGCUUGAUGGACGAGGAGGUGGUCAAGGAGGAGCAGCAGCGCGAGUUUCUCAAGAAAAAGGAGGAGCAGGAGAAGAGGGAUCGGGAGAGGACAGAGAAGAAUCGCGCCAAGAGGGAAAAGGCGAGGUUGAGGAAGGAGAGGGCAAAGAAGGGGGGUAAGGGGGCUGAGGACAGCGCGAGAGAGGGGACGCCGUUGGCUGAUGAGGCUGGAGGGAAGAAGAAGUUGGCGCCGAGGGCCGAGGGAAAAGGUAAUGGGGAGACAAACGAAGAGGAAGACGCCAAUCAAGGGGGUGCGGUCAAGAACGUCGAAGAAAUUGGCCUGGUCAUUGAGGACGACGAGUAA